CGCUUCAGCAGCGGCGCCGGGUUCCAGAGCGGCGCAGUGACAAGCCGCCCGGCCGGGCUAUGGCUGUGGCGCAUGCGCAGAGGGAGCAUUCCCCAUUCCGCCCCCUCUGUCACCUCACAGUUGGUGCCGCCGCUGCUGCUGUGGACCCAGAAGUAGCGGGGCCGGCCCGGGCUCUCCCUCCACUCGCCCGCCAGCCCGCCGUCCCCCGGGCAAAGAGCCUCCUGGUCCCUCUCAGGGCCUUUCGCCCCGGGACCCCGUCCCCCCAUGGAGCCGCCGCCCACCCUGCACGCGGUGAAGCUCUACGUCUACGACCUGUCCAAGGGCAUGGCCCGGCGCCUCAGCCCCCUCAUGCUGGGGAAACAGCUGGAUGGGAUCUGGCACACCUCCAUAAUUGUCCAUAAGGAUGAGUUCUUCUAUGGCAGUGAUGGGAUUUCCAGCUGUGCCCCUGGAGGGACGUUGCUUGGGCCCCCAGACUCAGUUGUAGACCUGGGAAGCACGGAAGUUACAGAAGAAAUUUUCCUGGAAUACUUGUCCUCACUGGGAGAAUCCAUGUUCCGAGGAGAGUCUUAUAACCUCUUUGAACAUAACUGCAACACCUUCAGUAACGAAGUGGCGCAGUUCCUCACAGGAAGAAAAAUCCCUUCCUACAUCACUGACCUUCCGUCCGAAGUCCUUUCCACACCCUUCGGACAAGCUUUGAGGCCUCUCCUGGACUCCAUCCAGAUCCAGCCACCUGGUGGGAAUACCUUCCGCAGACACAAUGGACAGAGCUAACACGAAUGGAUGGAUGUGCCCAGCCUCACCAGGCUUUUCCUUUUUAAACACACACAUCUACCAGAUUUCUAUUUUAUAAUUUCACAUCAGCAUCGUCUCCAAGGAACUAACAAGUUGUUUUUUCAGAUUUCCCAGGGAGAUGACUUAUCAGGUUGCAUGUAGGACAAUGCUACCAAAAAGAUUGCCAUAAUUUCUAAUAGCAUUAUUCUAACUUGUUAAGCCUGUG